AUGUCUCAUGAAACGUCCGUGAUUGGUGUGAAAGGGGUUAUCAUUCCAAAGCAGCUCCUUCAUUCCAAGGCUGCUCUAUCGGCCGUCUGCAUCACGUUUCAAAAGGGAUGUUGUGGUGGAGUCCCAGGCGUGCCUGGCUCUCCUGGAAGAGAUGGUAGAGAUGGAAGAGAUGGAACAAUUGGUGAGAAAGGUGGUCGUGGUGAAAGAGGAGAACAAGGAGUAAAAGGGGAGAGUGGAAAAUUAGGUCCACAUGGGCUAAAAGGAGAUGGGGGAGUGAAAGGAAUCAAGGGCGACUUGGGAGUGAAGGGAGAAAAGGGAGAAGUGACUCAGCAAUCAAACUGGAAGCAAUGUGUGUGGAAGAGAGACGAUAGCAAAGACACCGGACUCAUUCAAGAAUGUCGCUUUAGUAAAAAGCAUGGGAAUACCGCACUGCACGUGGCCUAUGCAGGAAAUUUGCGUAUCGAUUGUGCCAGAUGUUGUUCUCGUUGGUUCUUUACAUUUAACGAUCGAGAGUGCACUGGACCCAUGACAAUUGACGCAGUAUAUUAUACUCGUGCAAAUAAUGAAAUUCUUCGUCACAGACAAAUUGAAGGUUACUGUGAGAACAUUCCAGAAGGUGACGUCAGAAUUGGUUUCCACAUUGGCAAAUGUAACGGUCAGACUUUGGCGGAUGGUUAUACUGGAUGGAACUCCGUAUCUCGAAUCAUGAUAGCAGAGAUGCCACCAGCUCAACAAUAA